AUUCGUGUCGAUGGCGCGCGGUGGAUGCACGUGUCUCACCUCUAGUGCGCUGUUCUAAUAACUAUUCAGUAGAAGCUUACAACAGUGCGUAUAACAAUCAAACAUUACCCGAUCAUAUAUAACACAGUUCUUUACGUUUUCCGGACAGUGAAAGAGUGAAAGAAACGAACAGUGAAAUGGUCUGCUGAUUAUCAUUGUCUGUUAAUUGACACUGUAGAUGCCGACUGUACUAUCGAACGCUGUCAAAGCGCGGCAAUGUACGCCAUAUCUACAACCUCGGCAUCCACGAGGUCUGGGUCGCGCGGAGACACGGCAGCACUGGAGAGACACGUGCGGGUCAUUCGACUGCUGAGACCCCGCCGAGCCGUCCCAGCCUUCGGCUUCUCCAUCAGAGGUGGAAAGGAAUUCGCUACUGGAUUCUUCGUGUCCAAAGUCGAGCUCAAUUCGGAAGCGCAUCUACAGGGCGUGAAGGUUGGAGACCAGUUGGUGAGCGUGAACGGGUACAGAGUGGACGACGCGGUACACUCCGAGCUGGUCCAUUACAUCACAUCGCAGGCCAGGCUCAAGAUCAAAGUUAGACAUGUCGGGAUGGUUCCUGUGCAAGAUAAAGCGUACGAGCCUCUGUCGUGGCACUUUAUAUCAGAGCGAACAUCUCUGUCUUCGGAGGUGUCAUCUUCUCCCACUCUCUGCCACAGCACUGAUCACGUGACAGACCUAAGACUCUCCAUCUUGGUGCCAGCGAGAGCUAAACUCGGCUGCGGAAUACUUAAAGGUCCCGAUUGGAAGCCGGGUAUAUAUGUACAGUUUGUGAGAGAAGGAGGCAUCGCAAAGGAAGCUGGAUUGAGGCCUGGUGAUCAAAUACUAUCAUGCAACGGAUCCGAUUUCUCUAAAAUUUCUUUUAGUGAGGCUGUGUCAGCAAUGAAAGCUAGCGGUCGUCUCGAGCUCGUCAUCAGGGAAGGUGUCGGCUUAGAGCUGGUCUCACCAGAGAGCUCUGGGUACAACAGUUCUGCGUCAUCAGCGGCGGGUGAGAGAAGCCCCGCAUCUGUCGCAUCCAUCGUACCCCUCGCUCCUCCGGCCACGCUGAGGAGACGGCUGGCCAGUGUCGCUGAAGAGGCUGCCGAUAGGGCUGAUAGACUGACAAUGAAUCGAAUAAAAAGGCGAACUUGGGACAGUCUAGAUUUUGAGUGGAAUAAUGGCAAUAUACACAAUUUUGAUUCGCCAUCCGACAUAGAACCUGAUUACGACUCCCCUAGUAUACCAAAUAACCCUCACACAUUUGAAAAUAAGAGCAAUAUUAGGAAUAAAGUGAAAUCUGAAUACGAAGCAGCAAAACCAAAACCACCUUUAAAUAGAACUAUUAUAAAUUUAACUGAAGAUGGUGCUACUAUACAAUGUAGCUAUGACAACAACUCUAGAAAGAAUAAUAUGUUUGCUCAACAACCAAACAGAGACAAUGAUAAGAAAACAAUAGUUGUAGAAGUUCAUCAUAAUAUGAACGCACCUCAGAACGGUAGCCCGCAUUGCAAGUACCCGCAACCACCCGAGAACGAGCUUAAUUUAGACACAACAAGUAUUUCUAGUUCUGCCACGCUAUCCAGUGCCAUUGUAGAGGAAAUACAAAGAAGAAAACUGAAUAAGAAGAAGCCGACACCUGAAAACGAAAAUCAGAGUACGACGAAAAAACGCAAUGUCCAGAAAAUAGACAUUGAUGAUGAUAAGAAGAAACACCAUGAUGCCCUGAUGAAUGAAUUUAAAAAAGUUCACAAGAAAAUGUUUGCUAACCAAGAGACGGCGGAAGUAGCCGAUACCCCAGAUAACAAGGAUCGCCAACACACAUUGAGAGUACGUAAAGCAGACCAACCGGAGCAUGUCAAAGAGGACGGAGAUGAUGGCCACGUGAGACUUAACAACACAGACAUACCUCCACCUCCGCCGCCUAUGCCACUAGCUACAAAUGGUCAUCAUAAUGGUACACUGAAGAAUGGAAAUCAUUUGCCAAAGAUGGACGAAACUGAUGACCCACAAGUAGCGAAUUUAAAUAAAAUGGGGACCCUCAAUCGAACGCCCACUCCCCCCUACAGUAACAACAAUAGUAUAUCACCAGUCAAGUCUAAAAUAACAAAAGAGGAAAAAGUUGAUAUAGAAUCAUUAGAAUCGUACAAACUCCAAAAUCCUUCAAAUGUCCAACCAAAACCACCGUCCAAUUAUUUUGUAAGAGCUCCGAAUGGUACCGCCACUAUGAAGAAGCAUUCGAGGCCCGUAUCUGUCACUAUAGGUGAAUACGUGAACAACAUGAAUGGUAGACGAGAGCCAUCUAAGUUUGGUUUUCUUAAUGGAGACCAACUGAACGGAUCCCAUAAACAAGACGAAGAAUCUAUAACAAGUAGACUUCAAUCAGAAUUAGCUCUUACUCUGUCAAGGUCUAAUUUACGUAAAAAGACUGAAGCCAUGGGCGAUGGUGAGCGAUAAUGAAAAUGACAGAAGCUAUGUUUAGUGAAUUUAUUUAAAUCAAAACUUAUAUUAUCUACCUUCUUAUUAUUUCUGUAUCGUAUGGUGUAUGUUAUAAUGAGUCACAUAAUAUAAUUUAUUUUAUGAAUUUACAUACCUACUUAUAGUAAGGUACUCUACGGAGGACAGUUAACAGGAUUAUGAUAAAGCUCUCCUCCGGAUGCUUUCGCCUGUAACGUUGAUCUGAUCAUCACAGACUACAGUAAGCAUAUAGUAGUGAAACAAUUAGUAAUAUUUAAGUAGAACCUGUACCUAACGUCAUUGUGGAUCUGAUAUUUGAUUUGAACAGCUUAAUCAUUUUACAAACUAAUAACAAUAUAUGCGAAGUAAUGCUAAUAACUACCUACUCAUUAUUUGACAGUCGUCGAUGAUUUACAAACUGUCAAUUCCAUUAACCAUAAAUUUAUAUAAUUUAUACGUCUAGAUGGAAUCUCUUGCUGUUAGACAACCGAUAAAAACAGGCCAGGAAUAUUAGUUUAGAGUACUUGACAAGCUACGUCUUACACUUGCGAAUUGUAUGACACUUUAUAUUCGUGUACGUGAAUUGCUAAAAAUAGAGGUUAGUUCUAAACUCAACUUUUUACGACGUUUUCACAGCUGUCAUAGUCUUUCUAGAUGUAUAAAUGAUCGAAGCUAUUAAUUGGCGUGUGAAACAGACAAACUUUUAUUACACACUUAUAUUUAUGCCAAAUUAUACUUGACUCUGUAUACCUACCUACUUUAUUUUAAAUUAUAAUACGGAAUAGUGCAGUAUUUCAGCGGUAGAUAAUAGUUUUUCGCCGUCUCAAUACUUCUUCUAUAUUGGCAAAAAAUGUGACUCUAUUCACGUUUGAUAGACAACAUAAUAUUAUAUUAUAAUAACUCAUAUUUACUUAGAUAAAUUUUAAAUGUCUGGAAGAAUUACCACUAAAGUUUUAUUAAAUACUUAAAACUUACUUUAAACUGUAAAUAUUAAUUAUUUUCUAAAAACGUUCGUUAUCGACACUGCCAACUAAUAGGUACUUGAUAAGGAGUUAUAAAUAUGUGAAGCAAAUAUCAAUGAUACAUUAUUAUGUUACAGUCAUUUAUUUAGGUAGAUGAGCUCAUAUUGUUUGGAAUUGUUAAAAAAAUUGACGCUGGAUUUCAAGUAAGAUUCUUGUAAGGAGGAUUUCUUAUUGUAGUCAUUAUAAAUGAACUAUUUUAAAUUCAUGUGCGCUCUAUUAAAAAUAUAUAAUUUCUAAUUAGAUUUUCAACCAAAGUCAAUACUAUAUUAUUUUAAAUAUCAUGUAGGUACCUACUAUCUUACUGUAAUAUACACGUGAUGUGGUCUUGUCUUAUAAUAAGGACUACAAACAUUGUUAUAAUAUAAUUAUAUGCCAGUGACUUAUUCAAAUGUGGUGAAUCGCAUCGUCAGUCCCUGUUAUGUGUGUGUAAUGACCUAAGUCAAAUUAAUAUUGUAAUAUUUUACAUAAUAAAGUUCAUUUAGAAAGAC